CAAAGAAGGUGAGACAAAGAGCAACACACUCCAAACAUUCCAAACACACUCACAGAACACUCACCGCGGGAUGGCUCUGCGGGGGUGGCACUGCAAAGGCCGCCCCGCGAGACCCUGCGUGGCUCUGGCGGUGGCGGUGGUGGUGGUGGUGGUGGUGGGUGGGGGUGUCGGCGCGUGGGAGGCGGGAGGCACGGAUGGAGUCAAUAGUACUACCCAGGCGUCUCUGCACGGCCAGCAACCCCGCGCCGCAAGGAUUCUGUCAGGAGCCGCCAAGGAGGAGGUGCGGCGCCCUUUCGAGCUCUCCACCAGCCUGGGAGUGAUCGCCGGUGUGCAGGAGAUUACUGAACUGCCCCACCGCUCCUUCUUCGCCUUCAGGGGCAUCCCAUUCGCUGAGGCCCCGGUGGGUAGGUUACGUUGGGAGGCGCCGAAGGAAACCAGUGGGCGGUGGGCUGGAGGGUAUCUGGACGCCACCCAGUACCGCCCCUUCUGCCCCCAGUACGAUCCCAACACCCGUCAAGUGCUGGGGGAGGAGGACUGCCUCUACCUCAAUGUGUACACGCCCGUCCUGCCCCAUCAAAGCCCGGCUAAGCUCCCUGUGUUGGUGUUCCUGCACGGGGGCGGCUACCUGAUGGGCGCCGCCUCGUCCCUGGGCCCCCACAAGCUGCUCAGGAAGGACAUCGUGCUGGUGACGGUCAACUACAGACUGGGGGCGCUGGGGUUCCUCAGCACACGGGACACCACGCUGCCGGGGAACUACGGGGCACUGGAUCAGGUGGCGGCGCUGCGCUGGGUCAGGAUGCACGUGGACCAGUUCGGCGGCGACCCCACACGCGUCACUCUGGGUGGCUUCUCCUCCGGCGCCGCCCUCGUGCACCUCCACCUGCUUUCCCCGCUGUCCAAGGACCUCUUCUCGAGCGCAAUCAUGAUGAGCGGGGCCGCCAACUGCCUAUGGUCCGUUGCGCGCUACCCCGAGACUGGCGCGUACCUGCUGGCGGAGGACUUAGACUGCUCCUCCGCCUCCGUGUAUGCCAUGCGCGAAUGCCUCAAGGACAAGACUGCGCAGGAGAUCGUCACGGCGCAAGCUGAGAGACACCGCUACGUGUACUGGCCCAUGCUGUAUCGCCCCGUGGUGGACGCCGGGCUGAGGGAUGAGCCCUUCCUGCCGGAAUCUGUGGAGAGUCUAAGCGCCCGUCCCCCGUUGCGCCCCGCCGUGCCUCUCUUGCUGGGGGGGGUGCCGAAGGAGGGUCUGCUGUAUGCUCUCACUGCUAUAGUGUUCUCUGAGGGCGGCACGAACCCAAAGGAGCUGUAUGAAGAGGCGGCCUUGUACACGGUGGAGUCACUGUGGCCGAAUACUACCACCGCAGCAGCCGUGGCCGAAAUCGUGGCAUCCUACUAUUACUCCAGCCACGCCAGGCACGACCUCAACACCCUGGCGGAGGAAAUGACGGAGGCCUUCACUGACUUGCUGUUCACGUCAUGCAUUUGGGAAGCAGCUGGUCUCUACGCCGCCUCCGCCAGAACUCCAGUCUAUACGUACCUGAUGGAGCACCGCGACCCCGCCUCGCCCUCCUACACGGCGCCGCUUUUCAGGCCGGCGGAGGGUGCGGGAAUGGCGGGCUUGGGGCAAUCUGACCUGCUCUCCGGCGCUUCACACGGGGACGACCUCGCCCUGCUCUUCACGCUGCCAUACCGCCUCGGCACGCCAGGCCCUCGAGACCACCAGAUGUCCCUGUUGCUGACCGACAUGUGGGCAGCCUUCAUGUACACCGGAUCUCCACAGGAAGGGGAAGCCAGCCAGCUGCCGCCCUGGGAACCCCUGAGGCCUGGCGAGCCCGUCCUCUACUAUACGAUAUCCUUCAGCCCCACUAUGUCCUUCAAGCCCUUCAGGAACAAGGAGCAGAAUCUAUGGCACCAGACUCUUUAUCGUGUGGACUCCAGAUCUGAGGUAUCAUAUGCAUUCUCCGUGGCUACAUGGGCACUGCUGGCCCUGGUGUUGUUACUGGCUGUGGUGAUAGUGUUGGUGUGUGUCAGUGUAUGGAUGCUGCGCCGCAAAGACAAAUACCCAGGUGGUUCCCUGACGCUCAGGCACAGGAUCUCUCGCAAUCCUUCCAUCACCGGCUCCUUCAACACCUAG